AUGACGCGAUCGAUCUUCAUCCUCCUCGGCCUCGUGACCGCCCUCGCCCUGCCCGUCGCGUCAGCGCAGGACGCCCCGCCCCCCGAGGCCUCCGCCGAGCAGGAAGCGCCGGCCGACCCCGAAGCCCUCACCGCCACCGACCGGGUCAUCGAUGUCAGCGAAGCGCCCCGCGACGAGGACAUCGCCGCCCGCAUCAGCAGCACCCUCGAGGCGACCGAUCAGUUCACCGGCCUCACCGUCCGCGCCUCCAGCGGCGUCGUCACCCUCCGCGGAACCGCCGCGACACAGAACGCCAAGGACCUCGCCACGAAGCUCGCCGAGCGCACCGACGGCGUCGCCGCGGUGAUGAACAACCUCGCCAUCGACAAGGGCCCCGUCUGGACCCUCGCCCCCGCGCAACGCGAGAUCGAGUCCAUCUCCCGCGCCACCGUCCGCGCCCUCCCCCUCAUCGGGAUCGGCCUGAUCGUCCUCGCCGUCUCGUUCCUCCUCGCGAGGCUCAUCAGCUCGCUCGCCGUGCGCACGAUCUUCGACAAAGACGACAGCGCCCUGCUCCGCAACGUCGUCCGCAAGCUCAUCGCCAUCGUCAUCGGCCUCAUCGGCAUCUACCUCUUCCUGCGCAUCUCCGGCCUCACCCGCGUCGCGCUCACCGUCGUCAGCGGCACCGGCAUCCUGGGCCUCGUCCUGGGCUUUGCCUUCCGCGACAUCGCCGAGAACUUCCUCGCCUCGCUCCUCCUCUCCGUCCAGCGCCCCUUCCGCAUGGGCGACGUCAUCGAGGUCGACGGGCACACCGGCGUCGUCCGCAAGGUCACCACGCGAGGAACCCUGCUCAUCGACUUCGACGGCAACCACAUCCAGAUCGCCAACUCCACCGUCUACAAGAACACCAUCAAGAACUUCACCGCCAACCCCAAGGUCCGGGGCAGCUUCUCCGUCGGCAUCGGCUACGAGGACGACAUCGCGACCGCCCAGCAGGUCAUCCGCGACAUGCUCGAGAAGCACCCCGCCGUCCUGGAAGACCCCGAGCCCCUCAUCCUCGUCACCGAACUCGGCGCCGCCACCGUCAACCUCAAGGUCUACUUCUGGCUCAACGGCCACGAGCACUCCGUCCUCAAGGUCACCUCCUCCGUCAUCCGACUCGCCGCCGGCGCCCUCACCCGCGAGGGCAUCACCAUGCCCGACGAAGCCCGCGAAGUCAUCUUCCCCCAAGGCGUCCCCGUCACGAUCAGCAAAGACGGCGACAGCCCGCGGCCCGCCGCGUCAUCCCACGCCCCCGCAUCGGCGGAACCAAAGCCCCGCCCGACCCACGACGACGACACCGUCGCCACCGAAGCCGAGGGCGACCUCUCCCCCGAAACCAAAGACCUCGAAAAACAAGCCGACGCCUCACGAGACCCCGACGAAGGCGCCAACGUCCUCGAAGAGCAAUAA